AUGAUGGCCAAAAUUGGUAAUAAAGAAGCUUGCAGAGUUUUAGCCAAUCAGCUUGUACAACUGUGGAAACAGAAAAUAAGAACUUUUGCUGUAAGUUCUAAAAUCACUUCUAUGUCCACACAAACAAAAGUAAUGAACUCCCAAAUGAAGAUAGCAGGUGCAAUGUUUACCACAGCAAAGGCAAUCCAGGCAGUUAACAAGAAGAUGGAUCCACAAAAGACAUUACAAACAAUGCAGAAUUUCCAGAAGGAAAACAUGAAAAUGGAAAUGACUGAAGAAAUGAUCAGUGACACACUCGAUGACGUCUUUGAUGGCUCUGAUGAUGAAGAAGAAAGCCAAGAUAUUGUGAAUCAAAUUUGUGAUGAAAUAGGAAUUGAAAUCUCUGGAAAGAUGGCCAAAGCUCCAUCCACUGCCCGAAGCUUACCGUCUGCCUCUACUUCAAAGGCUACAAUCUCUGAUAAAGAGAUUGAAUGA